UGACCAGGAUCGAGAACGGAGGAUGUUGGUUUUUGGUUUUGAGAAGGAGGUUGACCGACCGGCGUAGAGCUUCCUCGACGGAUACAUGACACUUCUAAGUUCUAGCCUCAUUCUGACGUCCAGCCGUGAUCAGUUUUGAGAUCUGUUACUCUGCCUCAACGCUAUAUGCCAGACCCCGUUUGUCGGGAAGAUAGCCCACCACUGAACGCCUUCGUGAUUUCGUUGAAAUUUGUGUUUGUGGUUCUGGCCAUAAAAUAUAUAGCUCGUAGUUUCUUCUUGGGAAAACUGUGUGGACGUUUUUCGUGAUGGAUGGAUGCAGUGUACUUUCCACAUAAUUCUGAGCACGUGAGCACAGUUGUUGGGGAGAGCCGAUCAUGGCGAGCAGCUCCGGAGGAACUCAUUAUGCCUACGGCAGUAAGAAGUAUCCCACUUUGAUCUUACCGGAUGGAAAAGUGGCUGGACCUGUGCGUCCCCGUAGGGAUCAGGCUGCUAUGGAGCCUAUGGAUCUAGUACAAGUUGAAGAGGAACUUCUCCACAUGAUGACAAUCCCGGAGGCUUUUCUCACCGCCGAAGAAGAGGACGUUCUUGAGGAAUUUUGCGGAGAUAUUGCCAGAAUUCGGCGCCUUAACGAUCGUGAUGCAACGCGAGAGUAUGCUGUUAAGUUUCUAAUGGCAAGGAAGUUCAAUCCAUCGCGUGCAUUCGAUCUUUACCAGCGUUACAAGAUGAUCCGCCACAAGUAUGAAAUGGAUAAGUUAGUACCGAAUGAAGACCCGCUCUACUCCGAACUGGCCACCGGCAAGUUCACGUUUCUGGAGGGUGCUGAGAACGGUGAAGCUAUUGGCAUUUUCACCGGGGCACUGCACGGUCAGCAAACGGACGUGAGACUUCUCCUCCAAGGACUAUUGUUCAACAUCGACGAAGCACUGAGAAGCUUUGCCACGGUGGCUUGCGGCAUUACUAUUCUGGUGAACUUGCGUGGCAUGAAGCCAACCAAGAACGACCGAGAGAUGGCGGAAACAAUCAUGUCCCUACUACAAGAUCAGUACCCGGCCCGGAUUAAGCACAUCUUCGUCAUUGACGCACCGUGGUACAUGAGACGCUUGUUCCGACUGAUUUCACCCUUCCUGAAGGCCAAGAUGCGUGAGCGUGUGCAGAUGGUUCGUGUACAGGAGCUGCUCGACCAUUUCCCACGCAAGACGCUGCCAGUGUCCCUGGGCGGUACACGAUUGCCAAAUCAUGGUAAUUGGUUGACCCGUGCAAUAAACCAUUACAUGUACAUGAAGGGAUCGCGUCCGUACGCUGGUAAUCACAUGGCGUUUGAGCGGCGUGGCCUCAUGUCAGCUGGGCGCACUGCCUUCCGGCGAGCUGGUAGCCCGCUGUCAAGCGCACGGCUGACGAAGCCUCGAUCAGCAUCGCUGGUCGACUCUUGCAUCACGGAGAGCGCCAAUCGGCGAGCCACAACCGAUGGUGUGGGGGAAAGUCGCAUGGUAGGAGGAGCGGCGGUCAAUGCUAACCUGGACCCUGUUGGCUACUUGCGUGCCAUGCACUUGAUGAAUGGUCUGACGCUCGAGGACAUUGUGACGUUCAUGGACCCGCGUGAGUACCGGGACUUGUUUGAGGAGUACAGCGAGAUCCAGGCAGCACCGCUGCACGGUCGCUUCAUGUCCACGCAUCAGGACUGCAACUCGGCCAAGAAUCGCUCGGCGGACAUAUUCUGCAUGGAGGACACACGCAUCAAGCUGAAUCCCAUGUACCUGCCCAACGGUGAGUACGCCGCAGGCUCGGACUACAUACAUGCUAACUAUGUGUGCGGAUUGCACCAGCCAAAGACGUACAUUCUCACGCAGGCACCGAUGGAGUCGACAUUUGGCGACUUCUGGCGCAUGGUCUGGGAGCAGAAGCUGCGCGUGAUCGUCAUGGCUGCCAACCUGGUGGAGAACUCGCUGACAAAGUGCUUCUGCUAUUGGCCGGAGGCAAACAGUAUAGUACGCAUUGCCGAUUUCAGUCUGCGCCUCGCCGAAGUGCAGCAGUUCCAGGACUGGACACGUCGCAUCAUCUCAAUACGCCGUGGCAAUUCGAGCUCGACGCGAAACAUCACGCACUAUCAGCUGACGUCGUGGAGUGACCGCGGCCCUGUGAAGAACAGCAUGCCUAUGCUACAAGUCAUGCUUGACAUGCAUCACAAGAACGAUGUUAUCGACCCAACCAUGACACCGAAUAGGUCACGGGAAGCAAUUGCCGCCGUCGGCCCCACCAUGAGUGCAGGCCCGAACUGCAUGGAGGUACCAACCUCACGGAUGCCUUUCAGGAGUUUGCCUGACGCGUCCGAGUUGGAGGCAGCGCCAAUGGACGAGAAGCGAUCCAAGUUAGAGGAGGGCAACAAGACGGCCAUCUAUCCGCCAAUCCUGGUUCACUGCUGCACCGGGGUGGGCAGAUCGGCGGCGUUCGUUGCCGCAGAUAUCUGCUGCAUUGCCAUCAUGCAGGGCAUGGCAGACGUGGCGGGCACGGUGUGUUUCCUGCGAACUCAGCGUGCUCAGAGUGUGCAGACUCUGGCACAGUACAAGUUCAUCUACCAGGCAGUUGUGCAGUACGGACGGCUGCUCCAGGAUGCUGAGAGCGAGUCUGAAAUGUGGCAGAAGCUGCUGGAGGACAUGCCGACGAGCCACUCCUCAGUCUGGGGUAGCAGUUCAGCGAGCAGUGUUUUGCCUGAGUCUGGUUCAACGAUAACAGAGUAUUCAAGGCAAGCAGCAGCAGCAGCGCCUGAUGGCGACUCUUCAUCGCCAGUCAAGAGUAAUCAAGACCAGGUAUCCACCGGUUCCACCGACUCCAGUGCAUCCGCGCCGAAGCAAUCGGUACAGCCUGGUAGGUCGUCGUCACCAGCUGCUGGUUCUCCAUGCCGUGCAUCGAUCACCUCUAAAACCAGUUCCACUGCAGAGCAACAAGUUGCAACUGAGCCAGUGCCAGAGGGCCCAUCAUCACCUGCAUCCAGACCAGGAUCUCCCGCUUCUAACAAGUCAUGUGACGCCGAGAAAGUUUCAUCCGACUUUCAACAUACCAGGCUGGUCUCUCACUCAUCAGAUGUGUUCCAUCCCUCGUCGAGCGAAUUGGAAGAAAAUGCGAUUCCAAACUAGAGUGGUCUGACAGGUGAUGGCGGGAAUUUGCCUGUGUACGCGUAUGUCUGCGUGUGUGUCUGCACGCGUGUGCGCGUGUGUGGGUGUGCACAAAUGUCAUGUUUCAUACUGAAAACUGGUCAGGUUGUGCUGCGAAAGAUACAGUGCGUCGUUUGAAGUGUUAGAGGUACAACUCUUUCAAACCGCCCUCCUCACUGCAGCUAGCCAACCUACUGUUGUCUCCUAUUUUUAAUUCUAUCUCUAACCCCCCCCCCCCCCCCGCCAUGUAUCCUGCUUGCCUUGUCCCUGCUGCUGUUCAUGUUGUCACCGUCACUCUCUGUCGCUGUUGCCGCUGUUCUUGUGUUGCUGUCUGGGCUCAGCCACAACUAGGUAAUGGUUUGGCUGCCUGACAGUAUUCCCAUUGUGUGUUUUGCGAAACGCCUUUCUUACUUCCUGAUUUGAAGACGACUGACUGCUAGUACUUCAAGUAUUUUUUUAUUGCUCAUACUCCACCAGAGUAUUCAUUUUCAAUGUAACGCACUCUCCAUGCCAUCCAGGUAUAUACUACUACUAGGACUACAUGUUGUUACAAUGUUUCUAGACUGCGUGAUUGAGGCCAAUCUCAGACUAGACUUAGCCAUAUGGACUGCUUUCGUCAACGUUUGUUUUCCAUUUUUCCAUGGAAAAGAAUUAUAUAUUUUACCAUUAUAAUGGCUUUGUUGUGUCCUAAUGCAGAUUGCCUCGGAGCCCUGUGCGUACUUCACGAAUUGCUGAUCAGGUGGAUUUUCUCAUUGCCAUUCAUCUGAAAUGCGCCAUUCCAAAGUCCAGC